AUGAAUGAAGAAAUUCAGGCUUUGCAGAACAACAAAACAUGGAGCAUUGUUCCUUUACCUCCCAACAAACAACCCAUUGGCUGCAAGUGGGUUUAUAAAGUGAAGUACAAACCAGAUGGCACCGUAGAGCGUUAUAAGGCUCGCAGGGAUAUAGUCAAGUUGCCGGAGUUGAUUAUGGGGGAGAAUCAGCAUGUUUGCAAGCUCCAUAAGUCGUUGUAUGGCCUCAAGCAAGCUUCGAGGCAGUGGUUUUUAAAACUCUCAAGUGCAUUGCAAGCUGGAGGCUUCACUCAAUCCUGGUCAGACUAUUCUAUGUUCAUUCGAAAGUUUCAAGACAAGGUCACAGUGUUACUUGUGUACGUAGAUGAUGUAAUUAUUGCAGGAAAUAAUUUGCAAGACAUAGAAGCUACAAAGCAGUUUUUAGCAGGCCGUUUUAAACUCAGGGACAUGGGAACCCUGCAUUAUUUCUUUGGGAUUGAAGUGGCACGUUCAAGGCAAGGUAUAGUGCUUUCACAGCGCAAAUAUGCACUGGAGGUGCUUGAAGAUGCUGGAUUCUUGGGUGCCAAACCAUCCAAAUACCCUAUUGAUCAGAACUUGGUCUUAACUAAAGAUGAUGGAGUUUUGUUACAAGAUGCUUCCCAAUAUCGAAGACUUGUUGGUAGGCUCAUUUACCUAACAAUUACAAGGCCUGACUUGGUUUAUGCCGUACACAUUUUGAGUCAAUAUAUGGACAAGCCUCGACAACCACAUCUUGAAGCUGCCUAUAGAGUUUUGAGGUAUGUCAAGCACACACCAGGUCAGGGAAUUUUACUACCUUCUCAUGGACACCUAGAACUUACAGCAUAUUGUGAUGCUGAUUGGGCAAGAUGUAAAGACACUAGACGUUCUACAACUGGAUAUUGUUUAUUCCUAGGGAAGGCACCAGUCUCUUGGAAGAGUAAGAAGCAAGGAACAGUUUCCAGAUCGAGUGCAGAGGCAGAGUAUAGAUCGAUGGCUACUACUUGUUGUGAGAUCACUUGGAUAUUGGCAUUAUUGCGUGAUUUACAUGUUAAUCACAAAGAAGCAGUUCAGCUAUUUUGUGACAAUAAAGCAGCAAUCCAUAUUGCUUCAAACCCUGUUUUUCAUGAGAGGACAAAACACAUUGACAUUGAUUGUCAUGUUGUGCGUGAGAAGGUUCAAAGAGGACUUGUGAAACCUAUUCAUGUUCGGACUAAUGAGCAGACAGCAGACUUGUUCACAAAGCCUCUUGGUUUGAAGCAACUUAUAGCUCUAUUAGGCAAGUUGGGUGUUAUCAACAUACACACCAACUUGAGGGGGAGUAUUAAGGAAAGGAAUCAAAACUGA